AGAAGAAUGAAAUAUUCAAGAUGGCGGUCCAUUUAUCUGAGGAAAACGGAGCUAUUUUACAUCUCUCCGAUGUAGAGAAAAACUCCAAAGAAUUAAAUGAACGUGGAAAAGAUGCUUUGAAACCUCCAACCGCAGCUUCCAAGAUCGAAAUAUUGUGCAAAACGCUGGCGUUCCUCAUUGUUCUUUGUUUGUUUUGUAUCCAUCUCGCGCGAGUUCUUCGCGAAGGUACGGUACCGGCUUGCUAUUUUAUUAGAUUUUCUGCGAAUCAAACGCUUCUGCUGGUUUACAUAAUUAUUAAGUGUUUUUUUUUUCAUUUUAUCUUGUGGUAUCGCAAUAUUCUGGACUUAGCUGUUCAUUGUUUUGGACACGUGUCGAUCGCGAUCGAAGAUCGAUAAUUGCCCCAAAACGCAAUUAACAGCUGAAUUAAGCUUAUGUAUGAGACUUUCAGUUAGAUUGCUUACAUGUAAUGACUGUUCUAAGUAUUUAGAAAAACGCUAGCUUAAAAACAUACGUCAAUUUUUUUAAAAAAUGUUUCUCCGGAAUGUUGUUUCAAUUGAUAUAUGUUUAGUUAGUAACACUACAUUGACUUGUACUUGACAUUAAGCUUCAAUAAUGAAAAAGACAUGAUGUUUUACAAGGGAACAUAACGUUCACUUCAUUUGGGCAAUUUGUACCAGUCGUAUAAAUAUCUUUUGUUAGAAGGAUGCUCUUUUCCCUUCUUUUUUUUUUUAAGCAGCAAAAAUUUUCUGCAUUUCUUUGCCAAUGCUUUUUACCAGGAAAAAUUUCAUUUCAAACAAAAGCUAAAAGUACUUGGUCAACAACAUAAAUAUUUAUUUGGACCUUAUGGGUACAUGUAUGUUUAGUUGGUGAGGGGUGGGGGGAUGGGGCUCGGGUGGGUCUAGAUCCCCUUAACCAGUUUACCCCUGUUUUGGACAUUUAAACCCCCUACUUCAAUUUUAGGGUCCACUCAAAAAUGUCUUAUGCCCCCUCUAUUUCUUUUUUCAGGGUUUUCACUAACAAUUCUAGUAGUGGGUGAAAGGAUGUAACUUUACAGGAGAAUAUUGUGAAAGAGGCUCUAUGUCUGAAUAGAAAAUAGUCAUAGGCUAUCGCACGUUAGCCAGAGAAUUCUGUGAAGUAAAUGGAGAAUACUCCGUUGCCUAAUGGACAGCCUGUUUUUUUAAGGGAUGUCUUUUUGAGGCUCAUGCCAAAGUACAUCAUUUUAUUCAAACAGGUUCUGAUAACUGUCCCAGUAUGUUUCGGUCUGGACGUUGGAGAGGAAGUUUUUGGCAGCCACAUGGGUGUAUGCUGCAUUCAUAUAUAUCAAGGUUUGUACACUACAAUACAUUAAUUUGUGCUCAACAGUAAUUAUACAACAAAAUGUGGGCUUAAAUUGGUUUUCACCAGCGAAAGAGUUCAGAGUCAAAAUCAUAAGAGGGGUCGUAAGAGCGCUUAUAUCCUUGUGAAAAUCAAAUAUCGGUGUCCUAAGCAGAGUCAUAAGCUUGACAGAGUUGGAGUUGGAAGAAACAGAACUUUUCCAUUUUCUUCCGAUUCUGCUUAUGACUCGGUCAUUUACUGAAACUAGUGACAACCAGAUUGUUGAAGUCAGAAGCAGAAGUGAAAGGAUAAACAGGGUUUGAAAAUACGCCAAAGCUGGCGUAUUUUACGCCAAAAUUGUUCAGAUGACUCCACUGAGGUUACAGAGGGAGUCACUUUGACUCCAAAAAUUUUUGGUAAGAAACAGGGAGCCACUUUGACUCCAGAAAUUUUUGGUAACAAGCACAGUUUUGUCCUUACCUUUUUCGCAGCAAAUACAAUUUACGUUAAUUGUAAACGUUGUAAACCUUAAGUAAAUCAUUAAAAUUAAAGAAUUAUACUACAUAACAAAACAGGAAGAGGGUAAAUUACCAUCAAAGUUUACUCGAUGACCGCUAUCAUGGAUUUGAGCUUUCCAGGUCAGCGGGCUGCCACAGCUACUUCGCAUAUCCCUCACAAUGGUGUAUACAUACCGGGACCAUGUGCUGGAAAGUCUGAUACUUGACUCCAAAUAUUCCAAAAUGACUCCAAAAUUUGUGAAGCAGAAGUCACACUGACUCCACUCAUCAAUAAAAUUUGCAAACCCUGGAUAAACCAAUCACAAUGCACGUUCCUACACUUUGAGAUUGAUUUAGUUCUUUGGCUUCUGCUUGCGACUCUGACGACCCAGUUUUCACUCAAUCGUAAACGACAGAGUUGUGUGGGAAUCAAAGCGCUGUUUUCAUGAGAUUGUUAAGUCUUAUGCUUAUAACUAAAACCAUCCUUUGAUCAGCUAGGUUGUUUAUAUUGUUAUCAACAUUAUGAAAUCAACUUAAUAUCUUUUCAUUGUUGCAGUGAAUUGAAAACGUGUUUACAGAAUCAUCCUGUUGCAUUUGUUGGUGAUUCAAGAACCAGAGGGUUGUACUAUGAAUUGGUGGAAGCAGUGAGCUUAAAUUCUGUCAAAGACAGUCGAAUUGCUGUAAGAUGAGUACAUACAUGUAAUAAACAUCACUGUUUGUUGAUUAAGCCUUUAGGUCCAAAGAUUGACUAACAUCAAUUUUCUACUAACAACAUCAGCAGAUCAUCAAGAGUAAAGGUUAUGAGAAUUACUAAAUUGAUGACCAAAGAAAUGUAUGGAGAUCAGUCUGGAGAAUUUGUAUGUGGAUCUUUGGGCUUAAAAGGUUAAGGGACUACAGGGUGUAUAUCAUGAUGAUAUUGCUAUAAUUAUUACAAUUAUUUUAGGUCAAUUCUGUCAUAACUUAGUGCCUUUACCUAAAUACAAAUAGGCCUUUUGCAAUAGUAGGUUACCCAUUUAAGGGCUCAAAUUGCCUGCCAUAAAUAAAUAAAUAAAUUAAAAGGAGAUUUGAGGAAGGUAGUGCUUUAAGGAAAUAUUUUGCGACAGUUUAAAAAUUUCGAAAAUUACAAGGAUUUGUAUGAAAAACCAUUCCAGCGUAACUAAGUGGCAAGACUUGUUUUCCCCAUACAAAUCCUUUCAUUUUCCGGGGCCCUUUGCAAUUGCUUCUUUUGAGAUAUAAGACUGAAAAUUUAAAUGUUACCUAAUUUUACUAUGCUCUUUCAACCCGUGAUAACAAAAUUUUCAAAGGCAAACUGUUUUCAUGUUUACAGAAAGUUGAUCAUGUGAUCAACUAAUGCAAAAUGCCUAUUGCUCCACUUGUAAUGUUAUGAAGAAGAUAUCAAGCGCAUUUUAUCAGGGAACACUAACCAUAAAAAUUUAUUUGUUGGUGAUUUUUGCAGGCGUAGCAUUAACCCUUUGAGCUCCUAUAGUGACCAAGAUCAAUUUUCUCCUAACAAUAUCCAUACAUUGUCAACAGAUAAGUUAUGAGAAUUAAUAAAAUAAUCACCCAAGUAAAAAUGCCUUGAUCUUUUAUCAAAUUCUCUUUACUCAUUCUUUAAGGAAAUAUAUAGAGAUUAGUUUGGAGAAUUUGUAUGUGGAUACUGGGGCUUAAAGGGUUAAGUUGUUCCAGUUUUUCAAAUUUUAAUCCAUGUCAUCUUUGCGAUCCAUUGUAAGAGAUGACAAAAAAUAUUUUCAAUGGCCAGUUAUAGUCUUCAAUAACAAAACUGGACCAUCAUUUUUUUAAAUUUGAUUGAUUCAAAUACAAGUUAUAGCUUUUUGAAAGAUGGCAAAAACUGUAGCAUGACAUUGCCCCUUAAAGGGUGGAUUAGUUUCUGACAUACUCAAACAGUUUUCAUAUUUGCCCUUUGAAGUAUGUAUUUUUUUAUUUUAGGGUUAAAAAGCAAAAAUACAAUGGGCUGAAUACAGCGAAUGGCAGUGAAUAUACUGUUCAUGUGUAAUGUAUUCUGCAAAUGAAUUAGACUGCAAAACGUUCUGUAUUUUUGCAUAUUCAAUUACGCCAGAGGAGACAAACAGAAGGUCUGGAGCAAGGCUGAAAACAGAGAGCAAGACUGGCGAGAGACACUAAGGACAGUCAGUUUUUUCUCUCUCUCACCUCACACGCCUUACAGGUGUGUGAGGCUUGCACAUUUUGCACGUGUGAGAUGGUUAAGCUAUGCUAAAUGUAUUUUGAGAAGAAAACUGACCCUAAGAUGACCUUGUAUAAUGCAGUGAAAGCUCUUAGUUUAAAGCUACUCAUUAAGUUUGCACCAGUUAACUUUUGGUAAAGUUCUAAAAUUUAUGCCUUUGGGAAAGUUGUUUUUUUCUUUUCAGCCCAAUAACUUUUCAUGUGAUUGUUUUUUUUUUUGCAGCAUACUGAUUUAUCUUAUAUUGACAAGUCAAGCAAUACAAGUGUGGUAUGCUAAAUAUAUUUUUUAAAUAUUUUAAUGGUAUUUAAAAUAUUUUAGCAGAGUUUUAUUUUAUGAAGUAAUUUUAUAGUUUUAGCCUUAUCACCACUUUUUAACUGUAUACAACCCUUUUCAAAACAUCUUGGGACACUCAAGGACACUAGGUGCGAAGACACAUUUUGCUAAAUGAACUCAUUACAUGUAUAUUGUACCUCUGCAAAAAGCAAAGGAAUUUUUUUACAAGAGCCUUUUUCUACUAACCCCCUCUCCCCCAUUAGUGUCCAUUGUGUUAUCAUGUAUGCAUGACUUCAACACUGCACCAGGUUGGGGGGGAUAGAAAAUGUGUCACUUUGACAAGCUACAGCUGUAUUGUAUUAGUGUCCCAGGAGUUUUGACUUGGGUUGUAGCUUUUCUUGAUUAACAGCUAUUAACAGUUAUUUUUAUUUUUUAUCAUAUCUCAAUAUUUCUGAAAAUCCUUAAAUCCUUAAAACUUGUCAGGCCAAUUGAGUCAGUCUCUAUUAAUUCUUUUGCAGUCAUUUUAUUGGCAACCAGAAGUAAAUCUUUCUAUGAAGGGUGUAUAUGACGAAUGGAUAAAGGUAAUAUUUUAUUUUAUUAUAUAAACACCAAUGAAAUACAAGGUGAGCUUUCGUAUGAAAACUUGAUACUUCACAUGUGAAAAUAACUUGUUAUCUUCACACGUGAAAAUAUCACUGUUGCUAUGGCUACAUAAUAAAUCGCGCCUUUCACACCAAAAAACUAUUAAAGUGAAAUGGUUUGGUAUUUCAUUGGUGUUUAUAUAUUAAAUAGAAUAUUACAUGGCUGCUUGGAGAUACAAAAUUUCUCUUCUCGUGUUGAAAAGAAAAAAUAUUUCAGUUGUUUGCUGUGCUCACAUAAUAUGAAAUAGUUUUUUAAACACAACAACAAAGAAAUUUAAGGGGCCGACCAUUUAACUCUUGAGGGUGGGGGUGGGUGAUUUCUGGUCAUCAAGAAUUUUUUUUUUUAGCAAUAUGUAAUAUCCUUUAUUUAUUUUAUUACGAUAAUAUGAAAUUAGUUGUUGAUUAAUUUACUACAACAAAUGAAAUGCUGUAAUGUCUAUUAAAGCCCCUGGCAGCCUUGUUUAUUCAGGGCUUCUGAUAUUUCGCGCGGUAGCAGAGCCGCAAAAUUCAGGUAAAUCCGCAAAAUCCCGCGAAAUUCACAAAGACUCGUAAGAUGCCGCGAAAUUCAGUAGAAAUCUUAUCAAAUACAUGUCUGUACAACAUAUUUGAAACUUAUUUCAGCGAUAGGGGCUAUUUACUUGCCGUAAACUUGUAAAUUUAUCUUAGAACUUCGUCACUGAAACGUGCAAACAACAUCCCGAAACUACCAGGCGUAGAUUGUAUUGCGAAAAAACUGGACACUAACCAUGAUGUUAAAGGCUUUGCCAUUGGUUCAUUUCUGGAGCGUAUUGUUGUUGAAAGAGCAAAUGAUGACCUCUGUUAGAAAAACGUUAAAAACGCUGGUCUGAUCAGCGCAAAGCCGAUUGAUUCCUAGCGAAAUUUGCCUUGAAAAUAACCACAAAAUCGGUCGAUUUUGUCCCUAAAAAUCUGGCGAAAUUUGACUUUUUCUUCUGUGACCUGUCAGAAGCCCUGCUAAUUAUGUCGUUAGGGUGAAGUCUUACGUGAAUAGCCUCUUUUACCCCACAAAAGUACCAGUGAGGUGUCGGCCAAUAGUCUUACAGUCAAACCAGGAAAACCGUGAACGCCAGAAAUAUUUCUGGAAUGUUAUCGUGUUGCAGGAAAAAAAGCCAAUCAGGUAAGAGAAAACUGAACUGCAAGCAAGAACUUUAAUUAGUUUGUGGUUUUGUGGGUAGUUUGUAUCUCCUGAUCUUUGUGACUGGUCAUAACACAGUAAACAUUCCUGAGAUAUUUCAAUUGUUCAUGGUUUUCCCGGUCACACUGUAACCUCGUCCCAAAAUGGAUGAUGCCCAUUCUUAGUGGCAUGUUCAGAAAACGCUGAGGUUUGAGUUCCUGAAGGUGUUGCGUCUGUCUAGUUCAUUUUGUCAAUUAAUUGCCAAUUAUGCUUCCUUAUGCGCUGUGGAACUUGAAGUAAAUGAAGAAAUUACUUGUAAAAGACAAAAUCACAGCUUCAUGUCUAAAAAAUAUACUUCCUAAAACAUCAAAGAUGAAGUCUGGAAAAUGUUAGGCUAAGGAGUUUUCAAAAACCCACAAUUUUAAUUCAUUUUAAUCUUCUACAAGUUUGUCCAUCUGUGCUUACUUUUGUAAAAUUUGCUGUGUUAGUGAUACCUUCUUUAAUUGUUUUGAGUCCUUAUUCUUAUGUUUCACUCAAUUUGGUUUCAGUUUCUACCAUUAGAGUUUUGACAGAAUUCGUGACACAGCUACUUUAAUACCAUCGGUGUUCUACUCCUUAAAUCUGUUCAUGCAUGCGUCUUCCUGUUUCACCAAUGUAUAUGUUUCAGGUUAAAAUAAAUUAAAUUGAGGUUAAAAUUUUUUAAACUUUUAAUUUUCAGUUUCCUUUGUCUCGUAGCCCUAAUUCAUCAAUAAUUAGGGCCAGGAGACAAAGGAAACUGACAAUUCAACCGAUGUUAACUAAGUUAUAUUUUAACCUGAAUUUAAUUUGACCUGUAACAUAUACGUGUACUUUCCCACCUUUUUUUCCAUUUAAUUUAAUCACUACUCCAUCUUAAUGACUUUAAGAUCUCAUUUACUACAAUUUACAGUAUGAAUUCUUACAGUGAAAAUCCUGUUACAUGCAAUUUCCUUUUUCUAGAAUCCACAAGAAAGUCCGCAUCUGAUCAUUACAGGCAGUGGAACGGUGAGUGGGGUUUAACUUCAGUUGAUCCCGGGGGGUGGUGGAGGCACUCCCUUUUUUAGCCUACACGGGUAUGUGCCGCUGAACAGGGUAUGGUUUUAAAGGUCUUGAGUCUUCAACAGGGUAUACAAUUUCACUAUUGAGCAUCUUCACAAUUGAGCAUCAGGGUCAGAAAGUAGAGUCUCCUGUCUUAAACAGGGUAGCGAAAUGAGCAAUUUUUGUCUUAAACAGGGUCAGGGUGUGAAGUCCUCGGCAGCACACCUCUUCCUAGAAUUCCCUUGAGUGCCCCCCUCUCCCCACCCCUCCCCCAGGAGUUGAUAGAUAUAAUUCACGUUGUAACAAAAAAGGGGGAAUUUGGCAGGUUUAACCCUGUUAGCAGUGAUUUUGUUACAAAUGGUUAUGGUGAGUCCUGGGAUUCAUCUUGUGAAAAAUCAUGAGUCCCAGUGCAGAACCAUUGAGUCCCAGUUCAAAAAUCAUUUAGUCCCUGGGUCUUCAUGUAACCACACAGUUAAUCUGAAGACAGACUCCAGAACUCUGUAUUACAGUUUACUGAAAUAAAAAUAUACUCCUUUAAUAUAUUGUCAAGCACAACAAAGACUAAAAGAAAAUCUGGGUCAUUAAACAACAGCCGCAAGAACAGCAACAGAAAUCACCCAAACAGGAUAUUCUACAAAAACAUCUUCAGAUCAAUCAAUCAAACUUUGCGUCCUAUGGGACGCAUACCACAAAUUAUUUUGCGUCUUUGGGAAUUUUUAUGCAUCAGGGAUACAGGAUGCAGAGGUAACAGAAUCACUUGUUAGCAAAAUAAGUCACAGACUUCUACUUAUAAUCCAGAUUUUAGGUUUGUUUUAGUAGACCUUUUGUGCUUUUUUCAUUAUUUCUUUUUUUGGCUACUGGUAUUAUUUACCUCCUCUCAUUGCCCCCCACUAUGUCCUCUUGCUGUAAAUGUUGUAGGUCAAAAUUAAAUUCAGAUUACAGUCAAGCCAGGUCAAGCGUACCCCCCAAAAUACCAUUAAUGAAUUUAUCAUUCAAAAGUUGAGUCGGUUGGCAGUUGUAGAUUUGAGAUUAAUCUCUACAUUCUUACAUGCGUAAUGAGCCGUGAAUUCACACGUGAUUCAGUUACGAGAUUUCUACCAGCUCAGUUUCCCUGAAUUUGAUGUAAAUGUCUUCUAAGAAUUUUGAUUCAUUCAAAGAUUUUCAAUCUGACCAAAUACAGACAAGUUCUUGUAAAUUAUUCACUGCUCAUUACGCAUGCAGUAAUUCCGAAUUUGAAUUUGACACUAGUUACAGGAACAAUUAACGGAUUCAUUUUUCAAAUAAUCAAUUCAUUAAUAGAAUCUUGGGGGGUACGCUUGACCUGUUUUGACAGUAAAAUGGUCUUAACAUAACUAUAUUUCCUUGAACAAUAGCCGCCCUCAAUUAAUCGUCUCCCUCGAAUAAUCUUCACCCUCAGAUGGAAAUAUUUGAAAUAAUUGCCUCCCUUGAAUAAUCGCCACCCGCACCCACCCUUCUCGCCAUCUUUUUUUAUCUCCUCCUUGUCAAGUUGAAGUGGAGUCUGAUCCAGCAGAAUUGAUCAGUGACGAUUUAAGCUCUGACAACGAGGAUAUUGACAUUGAAAAUUAAUCAAGGAAUCAAAUUUGGAGCACUUAAAAAGCCCAUUUAGUUUACAUGAUGUGAUCAUUUUCUGAUUAAAUUGGAUAAUAAAACAAAAUAUUUAGGGCAUGACUUUCAGUGAGCAAUAUUUGAAAUAAUUGCCCCCUUUUUGUGCAAAAAAAUAAUAAUCACCCCCAGCUAUUAUUCAAGGAAGUACGGUAAGUUGAUUUUCAAUUUUCUUUGUCUUCAAACUCUAAUGUUAAUUAUGAUCAUGUUAAUUGGGGCUAAUAGCGGUAAUAUUUAUCUAUUUUACAUCAUUACAGUGGACAAUAAAGAACCAAGGCUUGGAUGCAGUUAUGAAUUAUGGACGUGAGUCUUUAAGUAGUCAGUUACAAAACCCCAGUAUUAUAGAAAAGGAAGCUGUGGGUUUAAAAUUUGCAAUCUGCAAUUUGCUGUCUAGAGAUCCACAUUGCUCUUCCAAAUCCGUUAACAUUGACGUCAGAAUUCUUGCUCAGAGUGCGUUACCAUCGUUAGUCUGUCCUUCCUUUAAACUUACCGGUAACAUUGAAAAAGAUAAAAUAUGCAAAGCCUUGUCAAUCAAGGAAGAAACUGAAUGAACUAUAUGAUUUUGAUCCUUUUUGCUAAUUCCUAGUAUUAUGGAGUAAUUGUCAUAGGGGGCAUCUGUUAGAUCUAUUAAUAAAAUUUUAGCAGCAUAGAGGGGGAGUUUGUUCGAUAAAAGGCAUUGUGGGCAUUUAUAAGGUCAUUUAUGAGUUCAGCUGUUCACUUGUUUGUUCCCUGUACCAAAUUUACUGCACUCAACUCCUAAAGAAUAUCUGUGGGCUAAAAUGUUUUUGGUGGAUGCACAAUGAAAAAAGAAAAUUAGUGCUCAAAAUUGAUGGUAAUCUGUUAACCAACGGUUAGUAGUUUCCAAAAAUGAGCCUUAGUAACCCGACACGGUUAGUAAAAAUGUCUGUAAUAGGAAAUGUGUUUCUUGCAUAAGAAUGAGUUUCUCAAACAAUUUAUGUAAUUUUAACCAACCUAUCUUUACAUUUGCCGCAUUUAUUAACACUAUUUAAUCACAGAUUCUUGGAUAAUGAACUUUAUAAUUUGGUGAAGUAAAAUUUAUGCCCACUAACCAGAAGGGUUAGUUAGCCAAAAAUAUAAUUUCGAGCCCUGAAAAUUAAACUUGAAUUAAAACAUUUUAAAUUGUCUGAAAGUCUCUUGAUGUUAAAUUGAUUUUAUGCUGAGAAAAAAGGGUUUUUUCUUGGUUCAAGAUCUGGGCUCGAGCUUACUGGACUUUUGAGGCGUCUGGUUUAGGGCUAAUAGGACUAUAAUGGGGUUCAAUUCACACCUCUCCAUCACUUUAUUCCAGAGUAACCUCCUGGGGACAAAUUGUUUAUUCAUGUCUGUCAAGUAGGUGGUCUAUCUUUUGAUGUUUUCUUUACUGGUAAUUUUUUUUUGAUAGAAAAUUUAACCAAGGUGAAAAGUUCAAUGGAGAGUUUGGUAGCAAAGAAGAGAAAUGAAACUCAGAAACCAAAGUUGCUCAAGCUCAAGAAGUCAAGUCCUUUCCCACCACCCCCAGUGAUUAUCUGGAUCCAGCAAGGUACUUAAGUCAUUAAUAGAGAAAGUGAUUCCUGAGCAGGGCUGUCACCAAGAUUUCAAGUUGCUGGGUAAAUACAACCAGCAGGCAGGGAAUCAAAUAGCUAAGAAUUUCUUUUGGUUCUAUUUUUCUUCUACUUUACCAUUAAAGGUAGCCAGGGGCCACUUUCGUAGUAGCCGGGGGGAAUCCCUGGUCCCUGCUUCUUAACGACAGCCCUGCUGAACCACCAGCAGUUUGGCAGAGGUCUCUAGAAAGUUUGAAGAAGAAGGAGAAAAACAUCAUGUAGGGAGGAAUACAUAACAUGGAAAAGUGCUUACGAAUGUGGUGGGAAGGUGGGGGGGUUAGUUGUGGAAAGGGGCAUCACCUCCUUUAUUCUGAGGGGUCUGGGGACUUGCCAAAGGAAAAAUCACCCUGAGGGGUCUGGGGGAAUUCCCGGGGGAAAACUUAUUCCGAGAGGUCUCAGGGACUUCCCAAGGGGAAAUCAUUUUAACCGGUCUGGGGGAACCUCCCAGGGGGAAAUAAUCAUCUAUCAAAAUUGUGAAAAGUGUGAUGAUCCUGUACAUCCCUAUUGAACUGGGUGUGGUAAAAUUACAACAUCUUGCUGAAGUAAAAGUGAUGUUUAAAUACAUGGAAUGAAAAGCAACAACCAUUUUCAGUGCAGCAUAGUAACACUGUUCCUACAUUGUUUUGGAUUGUCAGAACAUUAUUUUAACACCAUCAUCCUCACAGCUUUUAUUUUUUUUAUUCUUUUGCAGAACCAGUUGUUGAAGGAAAGCUUCACCCAGCUCGGAAAACGAUCACUAACGAGAAAAUUGAACUCUUCAAUUCAAUUGUAUCAGAAAUGUUGUAAGUAAAUUGACUUAGAAACUAAGUGAGACCUACCCAUCAGGCGGUCUGAAAUGUCAUCCAUCUGUCGCCCCACCCCUCAUGGGCAGAAAGACAAGAGAGACGCCAGUCCCUGGGUUUAAAAAUUUCAUCUUCAUCUACUGGUCAAGCUAUAAUUCCCACAGAUAAACAUCACUUUGAUAUAUUCCACCAAGCGUAUCACUCACAUCGAGGGGAUCCAGGGGGCCAAACUUGCCCCAGUAGCUUGUCAAAUGUCCGCUUUCGAAUACAUCCAAAACAAAACUAAACAAUUUUAAGCGAAAUGAACCAAUUACAGUAACAUCACGGUUUAACUGAUGGACGACCCAUAACAACAACCUAACUGACCAAUCAGAUCAAUAACCAGAGUUUUAAUACCAUCAACUGACGUGCUACAACUCAACUCUGUUCACCCGGUCGAUCAAACUCAACCUACUUAUAAUGUACUUACAGUUGUCUCUUUGCUUCAGUCCAAAGGAAAAUUCAUCCAUAACAGUCAUGUGGACUUCAUUUUAUGCAGCUUCUAAAAGACCUGAGGCCACUUCAGAUGGACUUCACUAUGGAGAGUCAAUCACGACCUUGGUAAAAACAAGUGUUUAAUUCAUGAUUUAAUAGCCUGACCCUGAGAAUACAGCCGUUUCUCCCCUUUCUUCGCCGCUAGGAACGUUUCGCAGGAGAGACACUCCUGCAAAACGUCGCUGGAGGAGAGGAGCGAAAAGAGACGACUGUAUUCCAAAGCUAAUAGAGAGUUUAAGCGUCACGUAUACCGCAAACGGGAAACGUCAGAUUCAAGUUGAGAAUACCGUAAAAUUCCGAAAAUAAGCCCCCCAAACCGGUAACGCAAAAAACACUCCGUUAAAACGCCCCUCCAAAUAUAAGCCCCUCGGGGGCUUGUACUUGGAAAAUUGCCGUCAAACACAAAGUAAAACAAAGCAAAAAGGGUAAAUUUACUUCCAACUAUAAGAAUAACCCAAUCGGUUUUGAAACGCAAAUUUCUCUCCGUAGAUAAAACCCUUCGAAUAUAAGCCCCUCCAAAAAUAAGCCCCUCAAAAAGGGCCUUUGAAAAAAUAUAAGCCCCGGGGCUUACUUUAGAAAAUGAGCAGAUAAAGACAGCUCAGAAAAUUCUUAUGGAUAAAACGUUGCGUGAAACUACUAAUUUAUGUGUAGAAAUAAUGAACAGUAGGCGACAAGCAAAGGGGAAACGUGGUCACGUGGUACAAAUUUGCGUUUGACGUUUGACGUAAACGUGAUGCCAUCCUCGGAGACCCAGGGGCAGUCAGUCGGGUCGGGAGAAAAGGCGGGACGAAAGUUUUCAAGUACGGGCGAAAGAGCCCCUGGGUACCGACUCUCACCGAACUAUUUCCAAAAAUUCAAGCAGGUGCUGCCUCCUGAUUGGGCACAAAAAAUGCUUUGUAUUAUUGUGCCCAAUCGUCGAACAGUUUCUCCUGAGUUCUUUUCGUGAGUUCGUACACGACGGCUCGCCACACUUGCCCGGUUCGUUCACCAAGCUUGCGCGUGCAAGGAAAAGUUUUAUUUUCUACUUUCCUAACAAGAAACGUUGGGAUGCUAUCAGCAGGAGCAAUUCAAUUUGCCCCGAGAAUAUUCUGUUUUUGACGGAUCACAAUGUAUCGUAAACAAUAGGAAGUUUAAGAUAAGGCGGCGACGAGAAAGUCAAAUUAGCAAUAGUUUCGCAAGACAAAACAACAACUUUGCACGUGCAUCGCGCUUUUUUGUACAUUUCUUUGCCGUCAACUGCACGACUACCCGUGAAAAUGCCUAAUUUCACGUUUUGUGAAGGACGUAAACAAGCAAUGACAAAAUUCAUUCUCUUCAGGAACUUCGGGAUAUGGUUAAUAGAAAUUCAGCUCCAGAAGAGUUCGCUUGCAUUUGACAAAGUAAGCGAGUUGGAAUAAUCAUGAUAGAGACUGAAAAAAUGUGAAUUCACUUUUCCAUGCGACGUUUUCGUGGCUGUCAGCCGUCGUGGUAUCUUUUAAAAACUCCCUAGUAUUUACGCAAUACGCUUGACCGAUGCAAGCGUGAACACCUGUUAUAAGCUCAAGCUUGUAUUUUUGGAAAAGCGUCUUUAGUUUUCGGGCAGACAAUAUUUUGAAAUCAGAUAGCGAUUUUAUAUCAAACUGAAAGUUUGCUGACUGCGAGCAUUUCUUUGGUGCAUGAGCCAGACAAGCCGUGAUCGAGACAAUAGCCGUCGUGUACGAACUCACGAAAAGAACUCAGGAGAAACUGUUCGCCUAUUGGGCACAAUAAUACAAAGCAUUUUUUGUGCCCAACCAGGAGCCGGCAUCUGCUUGAAUUUUUGGAAAUAGUUCAGUGAGAGUCGGUACCCAGGGGCUCUUUCGCCCGUACUUGAAAACUUUCGUCCCGCCUUUUCUUCCGACCCGACUGACUGCCCCUGGGUCUCCGAGGAUGACGUGAUGCUUAACCUCUCUAAUGAAUUAACCCUUUAAACUCAUCGCCAAUUGAUGAGCUUGGGAACUGGUGCCUAAAAGGUUAGCGGGGGAGGCCAACUGCGAAAAAUACGGCAAGGAGGUAACCAAGGCAACCCUGGAAGCGGGAACCACCCCUGUCAGCAGCCGCUAACUGGCACCGUCACACUGAGAGAAUACUCAGUGGAAAAAAUACUCACCCCAGUGAAAUACUUACCCGCGCACCCACACAUGACAGCAGGGAGGGAGGAGAGGGGGCAAGGGGGCUUAAAUUUGAGAAACAAUCCAAAUUAUCCUCAGCUGAUGGACAAAUGAUGCCAAAUGAAAGCACUGAUGGAGAGGUUUCAUUUGAAUGCCCACAAUUUGGCUGAUCAUAAAUGCUGUUUCCAUUUCAGGAACUGGACUUGAUAUUCAAUUAUUAUUGUAAUCAGUACCUUCAAGUUUCUGAUGCUACUUGUUGUAUGCCUUCACCAAGACUGACACAUCUUCAGCGCAAUACAUUUGCUGUGUUUAUAACGUGGUAAGACAAUCAUUCCCUUUUAGUCUAUGCUCUCCAAUCUUUAAACGAACUUUGAGUCCUUUAGAAUUCAACUCCAAAAACACUUGCCAACAUUUGACGAAGUAAACGUGCGAAUUCACGUUUUAAGUGACAUUUUUUGUGGCCGUCUCCGUCGUUGUUGCUUAAGCUCCCUAUUAGGGACCUUACGAAACUACGGCGGCGACGGUAACGGCAGCUUUUGAGGACGGGAACGGCAAGGUGAUAAAUUCUAUCAUCUCUGUCUGAACUCGGGUGCGGCCCCGUCUCUUCAGCUCUAACAUAAAUCCCCUUCUUUUAAGUAACUGGGCGACUUGGGAUAAUCGCGAAAUGGCUUGAAAGGAUGCGGAGUCUACUUUUCAGCGAGGUUUUCAUGGAGGUCGCCGUUGUCGGAUCGUAAGGUCGAUAAUAGCUGUCAGGCGCGUCCCCAUAAACAAUCCCAGAAACACUUGCGGGAUACAUUUCGGCACCAGUCCCCUUAUCUUUUCUAAACUAGCGAAUAGACCUUUUUACCGAUACGGCGGCGAUAUUAAAUUGACUCGAUUUGAGUAGUAUUAUAGGAUGCCCAGGAGGCAGAGCACAUUUCGUUUGUAUUUUCAAGUGCUGUUCGGGACACUUUUUCUUAAAGUUUUCUUGGAAUAAGAUUGUAAUGGGAAAAAAGAUCUUUGUGCCUUGUUUGGAUGUAAUAAUGAUCGCCUUUUUCUAGUUUGUUAUUAGAAUUAUUGUCUUUCACUGUAUAUUUCUCGGGAAAAAGGCGAUCAUUAUUACAUCAAAACACUGCACAAGGACCUUUUCUCCCAUUACAAUCUUAUCUAAGAAAACUUUAAGAAAAAAUGUCCCGAAAAGCGCUCGAAAAUACAAACGAAAUGUGCUUAUGCCCCCUG